GUUAAAGUUAAGGAAAUCGCGUCACGUCGAUGGCUAGCCACUGGUCGUGCUUUUCUGCCUGCCAAUUUAAUUCACACCCCCGAAGUCGAUAUAGCACGUGGUUGCCUAUAGGAUUGAAAGUUACACUUAAUUGAGAGUUUCACAUUUCUUCCCCCGAACAUUGAUGUUUGCCAAUUUGCCUUCUUGUCGUUUCUUCUUUCAAUUCACAGCGAGAACGACAAUUCGAUUACUCAAAAUGGCACCCAAGCAAGCUACCUUGGGAAAAUUCUUCGGCCAGCCGAAUGGCCCCAAGCCCGCACCACAGCAAUCGAAGCUGUCGUUUAAUACGAAAUCGAAAAAGCCAAAGACAGAGCCAGAACCAGAGCCAGCUGCUCAAGCACCAUCCUCGCCGAAAGUGAAGUCCGAUUUUGAAGCGGAGGAAAAUGGUGAUGCCACGAAAGACACGAAGAAGCGAACUCGAUCCGGUGCCUCUCCAAAGAGCAAAGCGAAACAAUCCUCUACAAAGGUUAAGGUCGAGGCUAAGGAAUCUGAAGAAGAGCUCGAAGAGGAGGCACCAGUAGUAAAAAGACAAAGGAAGAGUCGACGUCCUCGAGUUGAAGAAGAAGAUGACGAAGACGAGGUUAUGGCCGAUGCCGAGCAAACGAAACCGAAGCCACAGUCUAUCAAUAAGAAGACGACAGCUAAGAAAUCUCCUUCUAAGCCUGCCGCUACGAAAAAGGUAAAACCAACGCCUAAGCAAGAAGAAGAAGAGGAUGACAUCAAGGAGGAAGCAUCGGAAUCAGCAUCUGAGGCAGAGGAAGAGGAUGAAGAGGAAGAGAAGCCAGAGGUUGCAGCAAAAGCUCGAGAAAAGAUUCAAACUAAGCUACAGAGCAAGCCAAAGGACGCAUACCCUGACUGGAAACCCGGCGCACCAGUACCCUACGCCGCAUUGUGUACAACCUUCUCUCUCGUUGAACUUACAACGAAACGACUUCAAAUCACAGAAUACUGUUCCUUGUUCCUCCGACAAGUCCUACGUCUUACUCCCGAAGAUUUCCUUCCCACGGUAUUAUUAAUGAUCAAUAAAUUGGCUCCAGACUAUGCCGGUAUUGAGCUAGGCAUUGGCGAAUCGUUGAUCAUGAAGGCCAUAGGCGAGACUACGGGGCGUAGUCUCCAAGUUAUCAAAGCAGAUCAAAAAGAGAUUGGUGAUUUGGGUCUUGUUGCUAUCAAGAGCAGAUCUACCCAACCAACCAUGUUCAAGCCUAAGCCAUUGACUAUCAGAGCCGUACACAAAGGUCUUAUGGAUAUUGCAACCGUAACUGGAAACGGCGCUCAAGGCAGGAAAGUUGAUGGGAUCAAAAAGCUACUAUCUUCUGCCGAUGCUCACUCCACCGGCAAGGCCGACAUCCAUAAGGAUAAAGGUGGCCCAAGUGAAGCCAAAUACCUGAUCCGAUUCCUCGAGGGGAAGCUUAGACUAGGCCUGGCAGAGAGGACCGUCCUCGUCUCCAUAGCACAGGCUAUGAUAUGUCAUGAAGCAGACCAGAAAGGGAAAGUACCUAGCACCAAGGAGAUGGAAGAAGCGGAGGCCAUGUUGAAGACAGUAUACAGUGAACUUCCUAGCUGGGAUGUGAUUGUUCCAGCAAUGGUCAAGAAUGGCAUCAUGAGACUUAAGGAGACUUGCAAACUUCGCCCGGGAGUACCUCUAAAGCCUAUGCUUGCGAAACCAACGAAAGCCAUUACAGAAGUCUUGGAUCGAUUCGAGGAUCAAACUUUUACCUGCGAAUACAAGUAUGAUGGUGAGAGGGCGCAAAUUCAUUACGUUGCCAAGGAUCAUUCAGACGAGUAUAUUGAUGCUCUCCCUGGCGCUACUAAGGAAGCUGCCAAGGGUGUUGCAUCCAUCUUCUCGCGAAACUCGGAGGAUUUAUCCAAGAAAUAUCCCGAUAUUCUCGCAAAACUUCAUACAUGGGUCAAAGAGGGCACCAAGAGUUUCGUUCUAGACUGCGAGACUGUCGCUUGGGAUGUUACCGAGAAGAAGGUGCUUCCUUUCCAACAACUAAUGACUAGGAAAAAGAAGGACGUCAAAUUAGAGGACGUCAAAGUCAAGGUUUGUGUCUUCGCUUUUGACUUGCUAUUUUUGAAUGGCGAGCCAGUGGUCGAGAAGUCACUCCGAGAACGCCGCGAAUUGCUUCAUGAAGCUUUCCAACCAGUAGAAGGCGAGUUUGCUUUCGCAACCCACAUGAAUGGCAGAGAGCUCGAGGAGAUUCAGACAUUCUUGGAAGAAAGUGUCAAAGCUUCUUGUGAGGGCUUGAUGGUCAAGAUGCUUGAUGGUUCGGAGAGUGGAUACGAGCCCAGCAAACGAAGUCGCAAUUGGCUGAAGAUCAAGAAAGACUACCUAUCAGGAGUUGGUGAUUCGCUUGAUCUUGUGGUACUUGGUGCUUAUUACGGCAGAGGCAAGCGUACAUCCGUGUAUGGUGCUUUCCUUCUCGCUUGUUACAAUCCAGCGACCGACACCUACGAAACGAUUUGCAAUAUUGGAACUGGAUUUUCGGAGCAAGUCCUCGAAGAGCUUCACAAGCAACUCUCCGAAAUAGUUAUCGACCGACCAAAGCCAUUCUACUCCCACUCAUCAGGUGGACAACAUCAACCGGACGUCUGGCUCGAACCCCGUUAUGUAUGGGAAGUUAAGACUGCAGAUUUAACUCUCAGCCCGAGGUAUAAAGCCGGUUUGAAGGAGAACAUCGACCCAUCGGGCGAGAAGGGAAUCAGUUUACGGUUCCCAAGAUUCAUUAAGAUAAGGGACGACAAAAAACCUGAUGAGGCAACCAGCAGUCGUCAAGUAGCGGAAAUGUACAGGAAACAGGAGAGUGUUACAAAUAAUAAGGGACCAUCUGUAGAUGAUGACUUCGAGUACUAGAGGGGGUUGGUUGAUUAUGAUCUAGCUAUGCACAAUCCGGUCGGAAUAUACCAUUACGAUUCUGACGAUGUAUGUCCAGUUCGACAGUCGUUCGAUUGGGACCUCAUUUAUCCAUUAUAGGUGACGACACUAAGACGAAGAAACGAAUAUCUUGCUAAUUCUGCGUUGAGAGCUCUUAAAAGUAUUGAUAGCUUGGCCGCAUUCCUAACCAUCGGAAAGCCAUCCACGGAAGGCCUGAUUCAGCCCCCCAAGCACCACUAUAAGGCAGUAUACAAAGAAAUUGACAAUAUCAACUUUAAUAUGAAUUGGUAUUUCAAUUUUCAAUUCUUGCUCGCUGCGCUUCUCAAGAUUAUUGUUGGUCGCUAUUCAGCCCAAGAUUGUUUAACACAGUGUCAGCUAGUUAUAGAUACCAACUAUCGUCACCGCCCGCAGCCGUUAACGGACAGUGAGGGCCUGGUUGUCGCCGGCCUUGCGACCGUGCGGACUACACAAAGUGCAAAUAGAUAUAACACCCUGCCACC